GUUUUUGAUCAAUCAGCUUCAUUUCGUCGAUAUUGAUAAACAUUAGAGAUUUUUACUCGUAUCUAGUUAUUAACUUCAAACAUAAGUGUUUAAUUCAAUAAUUCCAAACCCUUUGUGUACAAUUGUUGUUUUUGUUUGUGUAAAGGAAUUAAAGAAUGACGACCGCAGCAAGACCAACUUUCGAUCCAGCUCGAGGUGGUUCAGGCCGUGGGGAAAAGGACUUGAGUGCGUUAUCCCGCCAGUAUUCCAGCAGAGACUUGCCUAGCCACACCAAGCUAAAAUACAGGGAACAAGGGCAGGGAACCACUGAAGAGCUCCGAUCAAGGGAUUUCCGUAAGGAGCUUGACGAGAGGGAGAAGGAAGGAAAGGUAUCCGGCGGUAGGAGGCAGCCAGAACCAGUUGCAAAAAGGCCAAAGCUUGACCAAGUGCCAGCGGCCAGUCUAGAUGCUGACGACCCCCUCGAAGGUGACUCAUCUGAUUCAGAUGAUUCUGACGAUGACACUGCUGCUCUGUUGGCAGAGUUAAACAAAAUUAAGAAGGAAAGAGCUCUUGAACAGGCUAAGAAGGAGGCUGAAAAAAAGCAAGAAGAAGAAAGGAUUCGCAUGGAAAAUAUACUGUCAGGGAACCCACUUCUUAACUAUUCAUCUGCUGGACAAAGAGAUGACCUAAAAGUAAAGCGUCGAUGGGACGACGACGUCGUGUUCAAAAACUGUGCUCGUUCAGAGCCGGACAAGAAGGCCAACUCAUUCAUCAACGACUCGCUACGUUCAGAGUUCCACAAGAAAUUCAUGGAAAAAUAUAUUAAAUAAUUAAGUAUCUCGUUUUAAUCUGUCAUAUUUUUAACUCAUAAUAAAGUACCUUUUCUUAGAAGUAAGUAA